AUGAAGAGCGAGGACAAGAUUCACAAACUUCUUCGGGAGGGAAAGCCACGGAAGUCGAAAGCCCCCGGGUCGGGGCCGGGGGUCGAGUAUCGCAUCUGGAGGAAACGGAUCUCCCCCCUGCCAAAAGAAGGUGUUCUCCUCCUCCAGCCGUGCACCCAGGCCGCAGCCUCUGAAGCCGAAUACCUCUUCUUCUCAGCCAGCCACUAUCAAGCGUGUACCUCUUUUCAGCAAGCCACUAUCGAGAGCUCACCCGGGACCGACAACGAUAUCGACCGUAUUGUUAAAGCUGUUACGGCCGCGCUGAGGAAGGAGAAGUCGGGCAAAGAGAAUGCUGUAUCAUUGUUGGAUGAUAUUUUUGACGUUGAAUAA